AUGGCCACUUUCCUACUUUACAAAACCGAAAUGCUCGACUUGAUCAAGAAAUCAGAACGGUUUUGGAAACUCGAUCGUUUCGGCGACUUGCAGGCUAAAAAUCUACACUCAACCUAUCCCAUUUUCCAAAUAUUUUUCUACGUUUACGUGGUGAUUUUGUUUCUAACUUGUGCAAUGUUUGCGCUUGUGAAUUGGAUUUUUGAUACUGGAAAACCGAUUUCGCUGUGUUAUGGCGAGUCGGAAGGACUUGAAACACCAUGGGUUGAGUUUUACAUCGUUUUGCAGUCGGUGGAAGUUACGAUUAUUUUUCUGGGAAUCACUGGAUAUGACAUGGUUUUUCUCUAUUACGCCGGAUCUGUUUGCAUACAAUUCCAAAUGCUGAAAAUGGCUUUCGCGGAAAGGAAAAUGAACGAGAGGCAAUUCCUCAAAGCUGUGAAACACCACGAAUUUUUGCUACAAUACGUUGAGCAACUUGGUGAUAUUUAUUCAAUGUGGUUUCUGCUCCAGUAUUUUUCCAGCCUUUUUGGGAUUUGUUUCGGCUUGUUUUUGAUUUCGAAGGAAGGGUUGCCUACAGAGCCGGAACGUCUUUCGAAAUACUUUCCGUACAUUUUUUCAUUCACAAUGCAAUCGUUUACGUUUUGUAUGACUGGUACCAUGUUGUCGGAUUGGUCGAGCGAAAUUUCAGAUGAAAUUUUUCACAGUGAUUGGUCCGAUGAUCAAGUUUACAAAAACAAGACAGCAAGGCUUAUUGUAAUGAAUCGGGCACAAAGGCCGGCUAAAAUCUCAAUUGGGAAAUUUUUGGAUUUGAAUUUGCGCAGUUUCAUUCUUUUGAUGAGGAGUGUGUUUUCCUUUCUUGCUUUCGUCAAUAAUAUAUUGAACCGAAUCAAUUAAUUCACGCAGACGUGGUCAUUAUUACGUAUUAAUUAUUAUAAAUAGUAAAAAAAUUACUUAUUAAUUUAACUGUAACUUUCUAUAAAACACAAUAAAGUUGUUUGAUAAUUCA